CCGCACCCGAGCCGCUUUCCAGCGGGGCAGGAAGAGUCGCGUGGGGCUCCUGUCUCCGCCCUGCACCACCAGGCAAGGAGUUGCUGUUUGAGAUGCUGCCCUUAACUGGCAAAACGAUCAUAUUUGACAGCUUUCCUGAUCCUUCAGACACCUGGGAAAUAGUUGAGACGAUUGGCAAAGGAACAUAUGGGAAGGUUUUUAAGGUGUUCAACAAGAAAAAUGGGAGCAAAGCUGCAGUCAAAAUCUUGGAUCCAGUUCACGACAUUGAUGAGGAGAUUGAAGCAGAGUACAACAUUCUGAAAGCUCUUUCUGACCAUCCAAAUGUAGUCAAGUUCUAUGGACUGUACUACAAGAAAGAUGUGAAGGAUGGAGACCAGCUGUGGCUGGUUCUGGAGCUGUGUAAUGGAGGAUCUGUGACUGACCUUGUAAAAGGAUUUCUGAAACGAGGAGAAAGAAUGAGUGAAGUUAUUAUUGCUUUCAUUUUACACGAAGCCCUGAUGGGGCUUCAGCAUUUGCAUGAAAACAAAACUAUCCACCGUGAUAUCAAGGGAAAUAACAUCCUUCUAACCACUGAAGGAGGUGUUAAACUUGUGGAUUUUGGUGUAUCAGCCCAGCUGACCAGCAGUCGUCUCCGUCGGAAUACAUCCGUGGGAACUCCUUUUUGGAUGGCUCCUGAGGUGAUUGCAUGUGAGCAGCAGCUGGAUAGUUCCUAUGAUGCCAGAUGUGACGCCUGGUCACUUGGGAUCACCGCUAUAGAGUUAGGCGAUGGAGAUCCACCAUUGGCUGAUUUGCAUCCUAUGAGAGCUCUGUUCAAAAUACCAAGAAAUCCACCUCCUACAUUGCGGCAGCCAGAGAUAUGGUCAUCUGAAUUCAAUGACUUUAUCAGCAAGUGUUUGACCAAAGAUUAUGAGAAACGCCCAACAGUGUCUGACCUGCUGCAGCAUGACUUUGUGAAGCAAGUGGAGGGCAAAGAGACUGUCUUGCAGAUGCAGCUGAUGGAAUUCAUUGAUGUUCACCAGCAAAUGGGAAUCACAGAAAAAGCAAGAUUUGAGCGUAUUCAUACUAAGAAAGGGAAUUACAGUAGGUCUCCAGCUACCAACCAGGAAGAUGUAGAUGAUCUGGCAACCUUGGAAGUACUAGAUGAGAAUACAGUAACAGAGCAACUGCAAAAGAGCUACGCCAAGAAUCAGAUCUACACCUACGUGGGGGACAUUCUCAUUGCAGUCAAUCCUUUUCGGAACUUAGACCUUUAUGCUACACAGCAUUCCAAACUGUACAUUGGGGCCAAACGGACUGCCAACCCUCCUCACAUCUUUGCUGUGGCUGAUAUCGCAUACCAGUCCAUGGUCACAUUCAGCUCUGAUCAGUGUAUUGUCAUAUCUGGAGAAAGUGGAGCAGGGAAGACACAAAGUGCCCAUCUUCUGGUUCAGCAGUUGACUGUCCUUGGAAGGGCUAAUAACAGGACACUUCAAGAAAAAAUUCUCCAAGUCAACAAUCUGCUGGAGGCUUUUGGAAAUGCAGGCACUAUUAUUAAUGAUAAUUCCAGCAGAUUUGGGAAAUACCUAGAAAUGAAAUUCACUUCCAGUGGAACUGUUGUAAGUGCUCUGAUUUCAGAAUACCUCCUAGAAAAAUCAAGAGUCAUACAUCAAGCUGUAGGAGAGAAGAAUUUUCAUAUUUUCUAUUACAUCUAUGCUGGUUUGGCUGAGAAGAAAAAACUAGCUCAUUACAAAUUGCCAGAAAAUAAACCUCCCAGGUAUCUACAAAAUGAACAUCUUAGAACUGUACAAGAUUUCAUGAACAAUAGCUUCUACAAAUCCCAGUUUGAAUUAAUUGAACAGUGCUUCAAGGUGAUUGGGUUUACGAUGGAGGAACUAGGGAGCGUAUACAGCAUCCUUGCUGCCAUUUUAAACGUGGGCAACAUCGAAUUCUCUUCCGUAGUAACCGAGUACAUGAUUGACAAGAGCAUCAUUUCCAAUCCAAUGCCUCUGGAGAACUCCGCAUCUUUGCUGUGUAUACAGGCAGAUGAAUUGCAAGAAGCUCUAACCUCUCAUUGUGUGGUGGCCCGAGGGGAAACUAUUAUACGGCCCAACACGAUGGAAAAAGCUUUCGAUGUAAGAGAUGCCACAGCCAAAGCCUUGUACGGGCGUCUUUUUAGUUGGAUAGUCAACCGCAUCAAUGCGCUGCUCAAGCCAGGUACAUUUUUAAGCGGAAAUGACGAAGGGCUGAACAUUGGGAUUCUUGACAUCUUUGGUUUUGAAAACUUCAAAAAGAAUUCAUUUGAACAGCUCUGCAUCAACAUUGCCAAUGAGCAGAUCCAGUUCUACUUCAACCAACAUGUCUUUGCAUGGGAGCAGAAUGAAUACCUGUACGAAGGCGUUGAUGCACGAGUUAUUGAGUAUGAAGACAACAGGCCCCUGUUAGAUAUGUUCCUGCAAAAACCAAUGGGAUUAUUGUCCUUGCUUGAUGAGGAAAGCCGGUUUCCUCGCGCCACUGAUCGGACGCUUGUGGAAAAAUUUGAAGACAACCUGAAAUCAAAAUAUUUCUGGAGACCAAAAAGAAUAGACUUGACGUUUGGGAUUUACCAUUAUGCAGGGAAGGUUCUAUAUAACGCCAGUGGAUUCUUGAACAAGAACCGAGACACCUUACCAGCUGACAUUGUACUGCUCUUGCGAUCCUCGGAAAACUAUUUGACUCGGCAGCUGGUAAUCCACCCUCUUACAAAAACAGGUAACUUGGCACAUACGAAAACCAAGAGUGCGAUAAACUACCAGACAUGGACGCCACAGAAAUCAGUCAGCCAAACUAAGCUGGAUUUCUUUGUGUUGUGCAAUUCGUAUUCCCUCCGUGAGAGUGAGCCAGAGGAUUCCACGCAUCAUCCGAGGGAAACAACCAAUAUGAAAACACAGACAGUUGCUUCAUAUUUCAGAUACUCGCUCAUGGAUUUGUUAUCUAAAAUGGUGGUUGGCCAACCUCACUUUGUGCGCUGCAUUAAGCCUAACAAUGAUCGACAGGCAAACAAAUAUGACAGAGAAAAGGUAUUGGUACAGCUGCGCUACACGGGAAUUCUGGAAACGGCACGGAUCCGAAGACAGGGUUAUUCUCACCGUAUUCUCUUUGCUAACUUCAUAGAGCGAUACUAUCUCCUUUGCUACAAAUCAAGUGACAAACCCCCUGUAAGCCCUGAAACUUGCGCUGCCAUCUUGGAAAAAGCCCAGCUUGAUAACUGGAUACUUGGGAAAACUAAGGUAUUUCUCAAAUACUAUCAUGUAGAGCAGCUGAACUUAAUGCGAAAGGAGACCAUUAACAGGAUUGUUUUGAUUCAAGCGUAUGUCAGAGGGUGGCUUGGUUCAAGGAGAUACAAAAAGAUAAAGGAGAAAAGGGAAGAAAGUGCAAUUAAAAUACAAGCAGCUUACCGGGGAUAUGUUACUCGCAAGCAGUAUUCAAAUACAAAGGCAGCAUACAAAAUCGAAAUGUGCAUUACCAAGCUACAGGCUGCUGCAAGAGGAUAUUUAAUCAGGAAGAAAAUUAAGGAAGAAAAGGAAGCAAAUUCUAAAGCAGCAACGACAAUUCAGAGCCAUUACCGGGGAUACAGGGAGCGAAGGAGCUUCAAAAGGAAAAGGGAGUCACUUCUUAGGAAGGAACAGGCUGAAACAGCAGCUACCCCAAGUGAAAAGGAAGAAGAAGAUGUACAAAUUACAGAGACCGAGAGUAACACGACUGUUGGACACAACAAGUCUCCUCCCCGAAGUGAAGAGGAGGCCGCUGUCAUCCUUCAGAGCAGCUACCGUGGUUACAGAGAAAGGAAGAAGGUGAAGGAGCAGGGCUUCAAGGACAAAAUGGGAGAUGCAGAUGAAGUGCAAAGCCCUCCUGUAGAGGUUGAGGUCAACGCAACUGUUGAGCUCAAGUCACCGCCUCACACUGAAGAGGAGGCGGCUGUUAUCCUCCAGAGUAACUACAGAGGUUAUAGAGAACGGAAGAAGUUUAAGGAUGAGCAGUGUAGGAAACUGGGAAGUACAGAUAAGGUGCAGACCUCACCUCCAGAGGUCCACGUCAGUGCAGCUGCUGUUCCCAAGUCGCCACCUCAGACUGAAGAGGAGGCCGCUGUCGUCCUUCAGAGUAAUUACCGUGGUUACAGAGAACGGAAGAAGGUCAAGGAGCAGGGCGGCAAGAAUGUGGCAGGGCCAGAACCGCCUUCAGAGCAGAACCUCAAACCAGCGCAAGAAGCAGAAGCUGGUGUGGACCAAAAAGCUGUGGCUUUUGUUGCUGACUUAGAUCUGAAGGCACCAGAGGAGAAGGAAGAAGUACUUCCCAGGAAACGACAGUCUUCCGUGAAACAAAAGCUCCCAGAGGAAGAUGAGAAACAGGCCGUUUCCGACUGCUUGCCUAAGAAAGCAUCUAUCAGAAAGGCAAGUGAGUCGAGCCAGCCAACUCUGCAUGGAAGAAGGGGCUUGGAGGAGCAAAGGCCGGCUCCCAUUGUUCCCCAUGGCAGUCACCUGGAAAGAGGUUCUUUGAAACAUGGCCAGCCGCCUCCCUGUGAAAAUAAAGCAAGUGUGAGGAAAAGCUCUGCGAGAGGCUCUCAGAAACAUAUUGAAGCCAGCAAGCAAACCUCGGGAGACAAAGAGAAGGCAGCGUUAGUCAUUCAGAGUAAUUAUCGAGGAUACCGGAGGCGAGGACAGCUCAGGAAAGAAGGGAAAUUGCCGGGUAGGAACCAAGAGAGAGCACACCAUGAGGGGAAUGGUGGAGGGAGCAGCCAAAAUCCUGGUCCAAAGGCAACAAUGGAGAUGCAGAGAUCCAGCGCUGAGGCUGAGGGAUCAAAUGAUGUUCCGGAAGAUGGCCCAGAGAAGGACAAGUCUGAUCUGGCGGCAUUUUCCAGGCAGAUAUCAAAAUUAUCGGAAGACUAUUUGGUGCUACAGCAGAAGCUGAAUGAGAUGAUUCUCUCCCAUCAACUGAGGCCUGUGAUGCUCUCCAAAGACAAGCAAACAAAUGGCCACCUUCCUCCUCGUGUGUGCCAGCCUGUUGCUUCCAAAGCAGAGGAUGCGCACUCUGUGCAGAGGAGCCCAAGGAGGCCCCAGAAACCCAAGACACUAAACAACCCCGAGGACUCGACAUAUUACACUCUCAUACAUAAAUCAGUCCAGGAUGAAAAGCGGAAACCAAGAAAAAACAGUCUGGGCAAAAUACUAGAUGUGGAAGAUCCCUAUUACCAAGAAUUUUCAUCCACUGAUUUGAUCUCAAAUGAUAGUAAUAUCUGCACACGAGAAAAGACACCGCCAACAGAGCCCAGAACUGGAACAAUAAGCGUUAGUGAAGGGCCAAGGGUCACGGAGACUCCAGUGGAAGAGAACAAAAGCAAGGAUAAUCCUUAUGACUAUCAAAAAUUGUUACGGAAGACCUCUCAGCGCCGGCGCCUUAUCCAGCAGUAUUAACUGCUGCUGCUGCUGUUUGGUUUUCAUCAGCAUAAGCUUCUCCUCCCUUUUUUUUGUAUGGUUUUAUACUGUGUCCUUUUUCUUUUUAAUCUCUCCCCCCGUCCCGCAAUUCUCUCUGGCAUUUUAAAUCAACUGUGUGCUUACGUUUGUGGACACACAAUAUUGUAGCGCGUUACAGGGAAAGAUGUCAGGGUUUACAGAGUAAUUUGUUAGGUGGGGGGUUU